CAUCAUUAACCUCGUCUGCAGCCCGUUAACUAGCUUGGAAAGCUUGGAAUUGCAAAAUUUACACUAAAUAUACCCAAGGGACAUAUUGAGAUACCAAUUUGCGACAAUGACUGAGCCAGAAGAUGUCGAAGAAGAUCUUUUCGCUGAUUUGUAUGAUGCUGAUGAGCCUGUUCAAGCAGCAGUUCCCUCAGCUCCGGCUGCAUUGUCAGCACCACCUCCAGCAAGUCAAGCACAGCCACAGACUGCCCCAGUCCUACCACCACAAGCUUCAAGUACAGAACAAUUGGAUGCAGGCUCUGUGAACAUGGCCGCUUAUGAGCAGCCAUCCAAUUACAGUGAACAAAAUGGCAUGCCACAACAAGGUGCGAUGCAGGGUGAUGCUUCAAGCUCAAUAAGCGCACAGCAACCAGAACCCCAAGGCACUGGGAUCAAAGAAGAUGGGUAAGUUUCUAUUGACAUUGUACAAUUUCUUUCUCUCUGGAUGGUUGGGACCUUUGAAGGAUCAGGCACGGACAAGUGGUUGCACAGGGCUCUGGGUGGGAAAAGCUUUGCUUGGUGUCAACUUUUUUCAGACCUUCUAUCGGGGUUUGCCGCCGGUUCAAAAUCUUGAUACAGUGAGCGGAAACGAAAUCACUCAACUGUUUGUCUGCGGUUCUUUUUUAUCGCACCUUUAAGCACCACCACUCCCCGGCUUUACGCUUUCAGCUGUCAUCUUCAAGUUGAGAUGCGGGCGCCAUUUGUGCAUAUGAAAAGGCUUUGAUGCUUCCGUAUGCAGCUAUAUUGCGGCUGCAGGGGGACUCGCCUGGUCGAUUGUGUGGUUCUCCGUGCAGGCGUGUGGAUUCAGAAGAUUGGAUGGGUUGCAUGGGACCAGCAGUCAUUCAUGGGACGGUCGGGAAAGCAAGUUGAUAGCAUAACAAAUGAUGUCAACGGAAAUUGAUUCGAACCUGUAUGCACGGGUUGUCGAUAUGAUUUGAGUGACGGACAUUAGUCUUGCGCGAUCCGCUUUGAAAGCGACUAUAGUACAACAGAUACUAUAUAACUCCU